AUGUUAUUAAUAACAUUAUAUAAAGCGAUUAAUAGUACUGAUGAAUAUAAAUUUUCAAAUUUUGAUUUAAAACCAAAUUUUGCAAUAUUAAAUUCAACAAGUACAAUGAAAUUCUUAUGUACAAAAUACAAAGAUGAUAAUCUUGAUUUUGAUAUUAGUUUAGUACCAACAAUUUCUUCAGAUAAUUUAAAAAUCUAUAAAAAUCAUCUUAAUAAUACAGCUAUGGAAAUUUUUAUUCAAUCAUCAGGUUAUAUUGGUAUUCUUAAUUUAAUUUGUUCACCAGUAAACAAUAAAAGUAUAGGUGUUCGAUCAGAUAUUAUCGUUGGUACGUCACCUGAUCUAAUUAAACGUAAAAGAAACUGUAUUGUACAUGACAAUAAAUAUAUUGAGUGUAAAAUUCAUACACCAGAAAUGGUAUCUGCUAUUCAUCAUAAACAUCCAUAUGAUUUUGAUUUUAUAGAAAUUUAUCAAUCUUCAGAUGAGAAUUCUUAUAAUCAACGACCUGAAUUAGUCAAAACUGAUCAUAUUCAUGAAACUUUAACAUUUCGAUGGUAUCCAGUGAAAGAUGGUGUUUUUCCAAUGGGAUUAAAAAUGCUUAUACGUGGUACAUUACGAUAUUUUGAUUCGACUGAGUAUAUAAUAGAUAUGACACCAAUAGGUUUUUGGAUAAAAACAAAUUUUACUGUUCAAGUUUUAUCAUCAACUACUUUUCAAAUUCAUUUUGAUCAUAAGAAAUUUUCAUUACCAUUACUUUGUCAUGGAAAUUUAUCAAAAGAUGAUAAUUUUACAAGUUUAAAUCAAGUAUAA